CUGUAUCCUCUGUAUCGUCGUUCACUUUUAUUGCAGUCGGUGUUUAACAUAAUAAUAUACAGGAAAAAUUGGUAGAAAUCAACGGACUGAUUUGAUAAAUCUAAGGACGCAUCGUCUAAAUUACGAAGUCACAGUGAUAUCAAUUUGCCUCGGUAGAAUCGGUAAUUUUAACACUGUUCAAGUAAUUGACAGUGCAAGACAGCUGAUCAAACGAAACACAGAACUGAAGUUCCGCGAUAAUGGAAGGAACUGCAGUAAAAUUAAUAAUAAAAACACCGAAUCAGCAAAUUAAGGAUCAAAUUGUUAACUGUGAUAUCGGAUGGACCAUUGGUCGAUUAAAGGAAUAUCUGUCUGAAGUUUAUCCUAGCAAACCAGAAAUGGCAAGCCAAAAACUUAUAUACUCAGGACAGUUAUUAAAUGAUUCCACGUGUUUGAAAGAUGUUUUGAGACUAUGCGAUGGACAAGAAGAUCAAGCUUAUACUGUACAUUUAGUUUAUGCUUCGCAAAAAGUUUCUGCACAAAACAUUGUGGAAAGCACAAGCGUCAUUUCAUCUGUGAGAAGUGCAGUGGAACAUGCAAGAUUAAAUAAUACAAAUAAUGUUCAAAACCAGGGUCAAAAUGUUAACAAUGUCACCAUACAACACACUCCUACACAAUUGUAUUCUACACAACAAUAUUUUGAUCCAAGGAAUAGUCAACAAAUUGCUUGGAUGCAACAAGCGUAUACACAUUACUUUACGCAAUAUAUGCAACUUAUGGCUGCUCAAGGAAUUCAACUACAAACUAGCAUUCCAUAUGUACAACAAAUGAAUGUUGAUACCAAUGAUAGUGUUCAAAAUACACAUGGAAAUAAUACAAAUAAUAAUAACAAUAACAAUGUAGGUGAUGAGCAGCAACAACCUGCUGCACAAGAUGCUGAUAUUAAUGGUGGCAAUGGUGCGGGAGAGGAUGGUGCAUUUAAUAGAAAUUGGCUAGAUUUCUUUUAUACCGUAUCCAGAAUUUUUGUUCUCCUCAGUAUCGUAUAUUUUUAUUCAUCUCCAUUGAGAUUUCUUAUUGUUACAUUUCUUGGCUUUGCAAUGUAUCUAUACCAGGGUGGUUUCUUUCGGGUGCAACCGAUUCUCUUACCAGAGAAUAAUAAUGGCAGAGUAGACAGAGUAGACAAUAAUAAUCAAGUAUUGCAAAAUGAAGCUGGAGGUCCUCAACCGGUAGCACAGCAACAAAAUGGUCAGCUACCAACUGUACAAACAGAGGUCAGGACGAACGCGAAUGAAGAACACGAAGAAGAAAGGCCUGGUGCACUUGCAUUCACUUGGACAUUUUUCAGUACAUUUUUUGCAUCUCUUAUUCCAGAUCAACCACAUGUUAUGUAA